UCCCAAGCCCCCCAGUGCCCUGGUUCGGGACACCCUCCCAGUGCUGCACUCCCCCAGGCCUGACUGCCUGCCGCCUGCUCUUCUUGGCAGCAAACAGCCAGGGGAGGAUCAGGAUGAGCGGGCGGCUGAGAUAAGGACCACAUGAAGUUCCCCACAUUACCUCACCCGAUAAGGAAACAAGCAGAGACAGCCGGAGAGAGAGAGGGUCAGACUGGGAGGAACUCUCUGGGUGGACUCUGAUGCGCAGAGAGGCAGACAGGGAUUGUGGGUUUUUUAGGGGUCUGAGUGGAACUGGGCACCCACAGAGAGAGAGGUGGAGAUCCUUGAACAGGACGUCCUCAGUAGCUACAGAAUGAUUUCAGCUGUUGUUGAGCCAGUUUUUACACCAGAUGUCUAAAAUGCUCCGAUGGAGAGAUGAGCUCAGACUGUGUGUUUACCAAAGCACUUAGUGGAUGAUACUUCCACAACAAACACGGGAAAGCAAACCUCCUUCCAGCCAAUGAAAAUAGACUGAGCCAAAGUGAAUUCAGUGUUCCGGCGAGUCUGCUCCAGCGCUUCGGCAGCAGCCAUGGCUGUGAAUCCUCUGGAAGGUCUCAUGUCGGUCGCAGCGAGGCACCAGCUGGUCUCCAGCCCCACAGCUGAGCCACAGAGGCAGCAGCAGAGCCCAGCAUCCCUGCAUGCACUCAGGCACAGCACACGCAGCAGCCGGGAGCCCAGGAAGUGGGUGCAGUCUGUGUGUGGGUCCAGGUCAAACUCUGGUUCUGGUUGGGAGUCUGCGGUCCAGUCCAGGACACUGAGGAGUCAGCACUCCCCAGAAAACGCAGCGCGAGAGCGGAGCCGCGUUCGCAACCUCCGCCAGGCCUUCCACAGCCUGCAGGCUGCUCUGCCCUCCGUCCCCCCAGACACCAAGCUGUCCAAGCUGGAUGUCCUGCUUCUGGCUACCAACUACAUAGCUUACCUAACAGAGACACUGGACCAGGGGGGGGCGUUGGCUGAGCACACGCUGCCCUCCCGGCCGGGUGGAUACCUGCAUCCUGUUAAGAAGUGGCCCAUGCGUUCCCUGCUCUACUGUGGCAGCGUGGGAGAGCUGCUGUCAGGAGUCCCAGCCAAUCAGAUGCCUCAACCUGGACGGGACGGGGCACAGACACUGACCCCCGCUGCAGAAGCAGAGCGGGAGUGAUAGCAGAGCCCAGGACAGGACUCUCCCAGGGUUAGCUCCAGUGAUCAGUAACCAUCAGAAGCUACAUGCUCCCCCCACCCCCCGAAGUCAAAGCAAGGCAAACAUUUGAAUAUUCUGGAGGGAGAUAAAAAA